AUGAAUAAUCAAAUUCAGCUUCGACAAGAUAUCUACAACAGAAGAUACGAGAACGGCACGUGGAUUUACAGCCUGGUCGACUACCCAAGAAAGCUUACAGUCAACGAACGGUUAAGAAUUACCCAUACCAUUCCUGCUAUUCUUUCAGAGUCUAGAUACCACACGGCGGAAGAGCUAGAGAAAGCUGGCUACCACUUCAUGAAAGGUGGCGAGAAGCACCAAUUCGAAGCACACCAUACAGAUAAACCUCCCACCCACUUUACAAGCCAUCUCAGACUUAGCGAGAGAGAGCUAGCGCAAUGUGGUCUUCUGGAGGAGCUUGGUAAGCUGCGCGAGAUUGCUCUUCAUCCAGACUUUCAGACUGGCUUGGCAGACACGAUGAAACGCAAAUAUAGCUACUAUCCAAAGAAGAAGGGUAUGCAAUACGAAAUUGGGGUCACUAAGCAACCUGGACACGGAGCUAAGAGACUUCAGCUGGCAGAGAUUCUGCGUCGAGAUACAGACGAUUCGAAGAAGGAUUUCUUCCAUAAAGCUCGUAAUCUAGGCCAGAAGUUGCUUGAUAUAUGGACUCCUGGGUACGAGAAUACCCACUCUUUUCAGGAUAUUGAAUGGCAUCGAAAUGCUGCGAUGACCUUCAGCGAGGAUUCGAAUACAACGCUCAACUCUAUCCAACUGAAUUACACCAAGCAAGGAACGGCCAUCACGGACGCUCUGAAAGGGAAGGCACAUCUACAUUGCGAUAAAUACGAUCAACCAACUUCCUAUUCCGUCGUGUUCUUCAUGUCAAAUUUUGACGAUUGGUAUUGUCCCGGCCAUUUCAUCAACACUACCUGGAGAACCAUAUUCCCUGCAUCCCCUUUCCAAGUCUACAUCUUUUCCGGAAGAACAUGGCACUGUGGUGCUGGCGCAGGAUUCUAUCCAGAAUGGGUAGGCCCAGGUCAUCCCCUACGAUUAUCAGCUCCAUCGGUUCCACUUCCUGCCUUAAGUCCCCUUGCAGCCGAAAAUAAGAUGAGAUGCAACAUGGUAAUAUAUCCGACUCGUAGACUUCUAGUUCCCAAGUUCAAGGAAUUGAACAUUGAGAUAUGGCAAGCACAGGGCCUUCACGUCUUCACGAAUAUUCGAACACACCAGGAAUGGAAGUUAAGGCUGUUCAUUAAGCAAGAAGUAUUGUUUAAGCUGAUCGCAUCGCUUGAAACUAAAGUGCUUUUACAGAAGCACUUCCCUGAGUGGAUUCGAAACUGGUGGUGGAUGAUGACUUUUACUCCAGACAUGUUCUGGCAUGGUGUCGACGAUCUAUCUCACGACGCAGAGGAGAGAUCCUUGGCAUACUUCAAGCAGUUGGAAGAUGAAAUCGACAAGAACGAUACUCAAGAACCCCUUCUAACCAAAACCGGCAAGAACAAGAGAGUCUUGCUCACCGAAGAAGAGAGGGCUAUCACCAAAAAGUUCACCGCACACUACGAAGAUCUUGGGGAUUGGGAAGAUUUGGGAACCACUAAUCCCGAUUGGUUUAUUGGGUUAUUCUGGUGGAUCGACCCUGUUACUGGAGCUAAGACAUAUCCUUCUCGCGACAUGGCCAUCAAGACAAUCGCGUUGGUUGCUACCGGGCCUUGCAAAGAGCUGGCUAACUCGGAGGAAGAUAUAGCACAGGCAUAUGAUGGAUUUGGUGAGUACAAAGGAGGCACGGUUUUCACGGAACUAGAUUCUCCUCGUGCGUUUGAUCCAGGUGUGGAUACUGUUCCUGCAAAUCCCGGCUGGGUCCCCAACUCUGAUUGGUAA